AUGAUUCAAUCAGAGGAACACCAUCAACAGACAAUGCCCCCUGCUACAGAAUUUAGCAUGAAGGAUUCAUGUUUGUUCACGCAACCAGAAACAAAUAUUGAAACUGAAGGAAGUGCUCUAAAUAUGUCAGAAUCAUUAUUGUUCAAGGACGUCAAACAUGAUAGCGAAACUGAGGAAUCAUCCAAAUCAAGUAAUACCAAUAUACAUAAUCUAAUAGCACCUCAAGAGGAUCGUGCUAUAAAUCAAGAAACCUCGAAACAAGAUUCACAAAGACUUGUUGUUGUUGAUUUUGAUGAAAUGGACCAAGAUUUUUCACCAGCAUCUAAACCAUCAAAGACAGUAAAGCUAUUUUCGGGUAAACAAAUCAAAUUAGCUCCACGAUCUACUGAAAGAGUAAAUAUUGAUGAGAAACAACUCUCUGGAGUUUUUCUAGAUAUGGAUACUUUAACAAACAAGGCUAACUUGAGAAAUUCGUUUAAAGAGAAUAGAAAGAAAUUAUCAAAACCUCCAUCGUCUUCCAUUGAUGGUGGCACCACUUCGUCUCAAAUUUGGACUGAAAAAUAUAAACCAAAUAAUUUUAUUCAAUUAUGCUCUGCGGGUAAUGAUAGACAGUAUAGAUCAAUUUUACAAUGGUUGAAAAAAUGGUCACCUGUUGUGUUUGGUGAUGAUAUUCCACAUAAAGAAAAUGCAGAUCCAUUGGGAAGACCUUAUAAGAAAAUUUUGUUAAUCCAUGGACCUACUGGUAUUGGGAAAACCACUAUAUCACACAUUUUGGCAAAGCAUAUGGGCUAUACUGUCCAAGAGUUGAAUGCAGCAAAUAGUAUGGAUACCUUACCUCAAGCUUCUGGUGGAGGAUCCUCGGCUUAUACAAAUGCUGCUUCAGCGUUGAAGCUUAAAAUUGUCAACGCGUUGACAUCAAAUUCUAUUCACUCUCAGGGCAAACCUACUUGUUUAAUAAUAGAUGAAAUUGACUCUUUGGCCAAUAUCAAUGACGUUGUAAAAGUAUUGAAUGACUUGGUUCAAUCAGAUCACCGUGCACUCAACAAGAAAUUAAAAAGACUGUCGAUGGAAGAUAUUGAGGCCAAGAAGAAAUCGAAAAAGAAAGACAUUUUUUUGAAUCGUCCCAUUAUUUGUAUUGCUAAUGACAUUUAUUCACAACCAUCAAAUAGAUUUGGACCAAAUCCUAUGGAGAAAUUACGGCCGAUUUCAGAAAUUAUUCAAUUCAGGAAACCAACAAGUUCUAGAACAACUUCAGGAGCAAAAACUGGUGGGAAUGCUAUAAAAUCAGUCAAAGAUUAUUUAAUGGAAAUCAAUAAACAAGAAAAUAUGGGACUUGAUCAUCAAGAAAUAGGUGAAAUUGUUGAGAUUUGUGAAGGUGAUAUCAGAGCAUGUAUUAAUCAUAUGCAAUUUAAUAGUAGAUCAGUUGACACUAUCGAGAGAAGAAUUGCAAAGACCCCUUUAAUUGAUAGACAACUUUCUUGGUUUGCUAUGACUGACCAACUUUUCAAACGAGACCCUCAGUUAUCAAAGGAAGAGAAUCUUGCUCGUUUGUUUGAUGGGUUUAUGAAUGGUGAAGGCAGAGCAUUAGCAAGCAAUUCUGGUACAUUUGACAGAGUUCUUAAAGGAGUAUUUGAUAAGUAUUUGGACAUAGUUCACAUUCAAGAUGAUUCAUUAGUUAAGCCGUGUGAACUUAGUGAUUGGAUAAGCUACCAGUCCCAAUUCACUAGAAGCAAUGAAACUAACGAGUAUUCUCCAUUAAUUUUGUUGAAAGCUUCAUCUUUAUUUAGUGAUAUUCGAGUCCAACCAGGAAGCCAAACGUUGAUUCCAAAUGCCAAAAACUUAGACUUUGAACAUAGUCAAUUGUUGAAAAGUAAUAAAAAUAUCGUUCGACUGAUGGAGAAUAGAUUGCCAGUGCAGGUUAGAGUGGCCCUUGGUAUAAAUCAUGAGAAUGCAGCAAGUUUAGUUUUACCAUGCCUAGCCAAAAUUUUAUCUCCUCAUAUGUCAGCUAAAGUAAAGUCUGACUUGAGUGCCGUAGAGAAGAGGUGCUUAGAAAGAAUUGCUGGAUUAGUGAAGGAGCUUGACUUGUCUUUGGAAUACCUGAAAGAUUUGGAGACAGGGUUAUCAUCACUCAAGUUGAAUCCAGAUUUGGAUCUGUUAACAAUUUAUGACAACUAUUUGACAUCUAUUCCAGCAGCAUCAGUUGUUAAGCAAACUCAACUUCGUCGUCAAUCAUUAUUUCCAUUGAUUACAGCGGAACUAGAUAGACUCAAUGUUUCUAAAAAGUCUGUCAAACGUUCAUUAGAAGAUAACAUCAAGGAAUCAAAUAAUGGAGAUAAAAUUACCAAGAAACCGAAAAAUCUUGCCACAACAAGCCUCAAUUUCUUCAAAGGAAGAUAUGAAGAAAUUAAUUCAAAAACUAACAUGGAUAAUAUCGAUGAAGGAUCAUCAGAUGGAGAGAAGGAAUUUAAAACUUCGAGAAUAUGGGUAAAAUACAAUGAAGGGUUCUCGAAUGCUGUAAGAAAGAAUAUUGGUUGGAAUGAUCUUUGGCUCGUUUAA